AUGCCAGCCACCAUCAAUGUGCGCCCUGAUGGUGUUGGAGUGAUCACCAUGAACUCGCCCCCCGUCAACUCUCUGGGCACUGAGCUGGUGACCUCCUUCAAGCAGGAAUUUCCCAAGUUGGUGGCGGACCCGAAGGUGAAGGCGAUCGUGGUGACCGGGAACGGGAACAUGUUCUGCGGCGGAGCCGAGAUCACUGAGUUUGCAAUUAUGGUGGCGAUGGGACCCGAGAAGAUGAAGGAGAACAAUCCUGUGGCUGCCCUGAGCGAGAUGAUGGACAUGAUCGACGCCUCUCCGAAGACAGUGGUGGCGGCGCUCAACGGCCCAGCCUUGGGUGGCGGCUGCGAGGUCUCCUUGGCCUGCCACUACCGUGUGGCGUCCCCCAAGUCCUCCGUGGGAUUUCCAGAGGUGAAUUUGGGACUUCUCCCUGGUGCCCAGGGCACCCAGCGCCUGCCGCGCGUGGCACCUUUGCCCACGGCGAUGCAGAUUAUCGCGUGUGCGAUGCUCUAA